AUGAAGACGCUUAUAGUAUUUUUAACUUUGUGGUCUACGUGUUUCUCUAAACCCUCCACGCUGCAAGAACAAUCGCUCCUUGUUGAACCAGUCGAAACACAAACAGAAUUUGUUGGAAGAGCUCACCUUCAAGAUCAGGUGACAGCCAUCUCUGACACCACCCACGAUGAACAUUCAGGUACCGAAUUUCAACAAAGUUUCAGUGGUUCACCGUUACAAGAAAAGAGCAUCAUUGAAUCUCAACAACCUUUAUUGAUUAAAAAAGGUUAUCGCAUUUAUCGGAGUGCUGACGAGGAGCAAACGCUGACUGAUCCCAAUCAAAAAUGCAACAAACAAGUCAAAGUUAAUAUUUGUGAAGAGGAUAACGAGACAAAAAGUAAUCAAAUGAGGUUCGACGAUACAUUUUUUAAGUCUCAUGAAAAUAUGACUAAAAAUGAAAUGAAGAAAACGAUAAAAAUGGUGAAAGAAGUGGUUGAACAUAUGCAAAAAGAUUUGCAAAAUUUGGAAGAUACAUCGACGGACUUGUUAACAGAGGAGCAGUUGCAGAGUGGGCAAAAAAAAUCACAGUUGCAAGAUGAUUUUGUUAUACUCCAUACAGUUUUAGAUGAUUUAGUCAAACAUAUUGGAGAUAGUUCACAAUUAUCUAACUCAGAUGCGGACAAAAAGGAUACUAAACACACGAGCCAUGAAGAUACUGAAGAAAGCCGAAUGAUGAAAUGGAAGGACACAAUAAACAGAAUACAAGAAAAUUCAGGAAGAAACAUAGAGGACAGAUUUGCAAAAGACAAUGGAGUGGCUGAAAUAAAUCAUGUACAAAGUACUUCUCAUGAUACUAUAAUGGAAAAUGAAGACAAAACAUCACCACCACACAUACAAAGUUUGGAAGCACUGUCAAGAAAUAAUGAAGAUGCAGAAAUGUCUAUUACCCAGGACAUCAAUAAAAAGGGAAGCUUACAAAGUGAUAGUUUAAGAUUGGAAGAAGCUUCUACAUCCCAAACACGUGAGGAAGAAUUGUCAUCAAAGUCAACUAACACUGAUCACAUGAUUUUACAAAAUAACGACUUUGAAAAUACUCAUGAAACGACUAAAACAACAGAACAAGAAGACGACAAGACGUUGGGUGUGAAUACUGUUGCAGUCUUACAGGAUCACAUGGAGGACAAACGUACAAUCACACAUAUGGUGAAAAGGAAGUCGGAUGAAAUGGAACACACCCUGAACACAGAUCACGCAGAUGAACAUCUGAGUACUCCAAAUCUAAUGCAUCAUAAGAAUGACCUAGAAUUUAAAUCACGUGAUGAUAAUCACGCUUCGGAUUCUGCAACAAAGAUAGACGAUAUUAAGGGACAAACACAAUAUACUGAUUCUGCAAAACAAUCUGGCAAUCAAAUGGAUACAGACACACUACAGCAAGUGAAAUCAUCAUCUAAUUCGGAUAUAGCAUUUGACUCUCAUUCUUCUAUUGCCGUGCCACCACGUGAAGCUGCACACGAAGGUCAGAGUAUACUAAGUAAACAGUUACAUUCGACAAUGAAUAGCGAGACCCCUGAAGUUCCGCAUCAAUUAAGUGAAUCAUUAAAUACACGCCUAGCAAUGGAUCAAAACAAUCAGGCGCUGAGAACUAUGAGUUCCAAUGAAAUACAAACACAACACAGCUCUUUACAGAGUUUAUUUAACGAUAAUUCCCAGAUUGCAGCUACAGGAAAAGCUAAUACUAACGUAGGAAAAAUGGAUGAAUCGUCGCAGCAACAUUUUAAUGGGCAAGAUAGUACAAAAUGGGCACAAGAAAGAUUUAUGUCAGACACUUCAAUGUCAGAUUCGCUUAAGAUGAACAAUAAAAUGCAACAAGAGAAAUCGGGCAUCCAUUCACAAAAUAGCAUGUCAAAAAGUGAACAUGAAACUGGUCAUCAUCAUCACGCGAUGCAUGAAGGAGAACACAUGCAUCGGCUACACGAGACGUCACAACAUCAACAUUCAGGGAGGAUCCCGAUUGAUGAACAUUUCAGACCAUCAUUGUCUACUUCACACCCUACUUCCCAAUUAAGGAAUGAAGAAAUCCAUUCGGUACAUAAUCAUAACAGUCAGCUAUCUAAUGGACGUUUUGCUCACGACCAUUACAUGAUGCCGGCUAUGAGGGCCAACAUGGGAUUCAGCGACAGCACUAGUAUGAGUAUGCAGUCACAGCACAAUUUAAAUAUUCCGCAUGGUCACCACUUCUCAACAGGUCCACAUGGUCAAGCAAUGUUUCACAAUAAGCAAAUAAGUGAGACUGACAGCAUGGUGCAAGCAAGCGAGCAUGUUGGUAUGAGAGAUGCAAUGCUGAGAUCAGCCGGAGAAUAUUCUCACUAUUACAACAAUCAAGGAAAUAACAAGGGAUCAGGAUAUCAGGAACAACCUAGUAUGCAACCAGUAUCGAGUGGAUCCGGAGCUGUUGGACUAUUCCCUAAUGCUAACGUAGGAGGUUGUGGGAUACCUUUACUUCUGAGUUGUUCGCCCAACGUUGUCUCUGGUACAUUAGCUAAAGGACAACCUACCCAUACCGCGCCUUCAUACAGAUCUAUGGAUGCCUACAGAUACCACAAGAAGCGGGAAACAAAGAAUUCUAAUUCCAAACUCGAUGUUAAAAAGGUCCCCAAAAAAAUGUUAAAAAGAAAAAUUGAAGCUGCCAAUGUGAUAAACUAA